CACAAAUCGGCAGAACAAAUAUAUGGGAAAAAGAAAAUUGUUUCAGGUUUGAUGAAUUCAAACCGUUUAGAGAUUAGCGAAUUGUAAUGUAUAGCAUAUUAAACAAAUCUUAGAGAAUUUCCGAUUCGAUUGGAAUGCCAAUCAUGAGAAUUCGUUCACAGUGAAAAUAGUUAUUGACGUUAACUUUAUUUCAUAAAAACGUGACCUGUUUUCUGAUUUGGCACCCUUUCUGAAAGACGUAGUUCUACGUCAAAAAAUGACAGUACUUGGGAUCAUGAAUUGGAAAUCUGUUUUUCACAAACAGGUGUUGAAUCCCGAAAAACACCUAAUAGCAUGCUGUGAAUUGAAAUUAUAUCUCAAAUUCAGAAUAGUAUUAUAGGUUCCAUUAACACUUGGCAAUACAAAAAGAUUGGUGAAUGCAACCCUGCAUGUAACACACAAAACAACGCCGAACCGCGCGUGGAAACACGUGUGUGCGCAUGACCGCACGCUGUCUGGAGCUCGGAGACGAUAGCAUCGAACAAGUUGUUCCCGGUGGUUCAGACGACUUUGACAAGAGCAAAAGUUCGCAACCUUAUCAGCUGUGUGUUUGGAUUUUGGUUCGUAGCCAAACUCAGUGAGGGUGAGCAAAAGGCCACACAAUGCCUAGCGCCAGGCGUAUGAUCCUGGGCCACGUAAUGUCCGGGCUGUGUACCAAAAUGAACCGGACCAAGCAACUACCGGCGGAUUUGAUGGAAACUCCACUUAAUCGCUGCCUCAAUACUUUUGAUAUCACAUUAUUGGGAAUUGGCCACAUGGUGGGAGCUGGCAUCUAUGUCUUAACCGGAACGGUGGCACGCGAGAUGGCUGGACCCGGCAUUGUGCUGUCCUUUAUCUUGGCUGGAAUGGUUUCAAUGCUAGCGGCACUGUGCUACGCCGAAUUUGGUACCAGAGUACCGAAGGCGGGGUCGGCAUAUGUCUACACCUAUGUGUCGAUUGGGGAAUUCUGGGCAUUCGUAAUCGGAUGGAAUAUUAUCCUAGAGCACAUGCUGGGAGCGGCAUCGGUUGCACGUGCCUGGAGCGGAUAUGUGGAUUCUAUGUUGGGAAACAUUGUGGCUAACACAACGAUGAAGAUUACCGGAGAAAUGCACGAGCAGUUGCUGGCCAAAUAUCCUGAUUUUCUGGCAUUCGCUGUUUGUCUGAGCUACGCUAUUGCACUGGCAGCUGGAGUGAAGGCGACGGCAAUGAUUAACAGUAUUUUAACAAUGGUAAACGUUAUUGUGAUGUCGCUCGUUGUUGUGCUUGGAUUUUGGUAUGCAAACACUGUAAAUUGGGCGUUGCCGGAUCAGGGAUUUCUACCGUAUGGAUUUGGCGGAGUUCUAGCCGGUGCUGCGACUUGUUUUUAUGCGUUCGUUGGAUUCGAUAGUAUAGCUACUUCUGGAGAGGAAGCCAUGAAUCCAAAAGUAUCCAUUCCUUUAGCCACAAUGUUAUCACUUUGUAUAGUGACUGUUGGAUAUGUAUUGCUCAGUGCAGCGCUAACUCUUAUGAUACCGUACGAUGAAAUAAACCCAGUUGCAGCGCUACCGGAUGCCUUCGGAUUGAUCGGAAUAUCAUGGGCGAAAUAUGCCAUUUCAACAGGUGCUAUCUGCGGUAUGACGACUACUCUUCUCGGAUCGCUGUUUGCGCUCCCUAGAUGCUUGUAUGCGAUGGCAAGCGAUGGAUUAUUGUUUUCAUGCUUCGGAAAGGUCAACACAAAAACUCAGGUCCCAAUUCUCAACUUGGCGGUUUCUGGACUCAGCUCCGCACUGCUGGCUUUGCUUUUCGAUCUAGAGAAACUGGUGGAGUUCAUGUCAAUUGGAACGCUUCUGGCGUACACCAUUGUUAGUGCUAGUGUCAUUGUGCUUCGUUACCGACCAAUCGCUGUGGAAGAAACUGUUCACCUAGCGCCGGACACUCCAGGUACCGACGAGGAAGAAGGUGUCUCUUCUUCGUCCCAGUCUAGUGCGGUGGAUCCCUCGUCGCCUACAAAUGAAAUGAUCGAAAUUGCUCUAGCGGGACGAUUGCGACCACAGUUUCGUUGGUUGGAACCCGUUCUGGGGCGCUGUGAGCCUGGGGUAGCAUGCUCCGGAGCUGUACUACUGUUCUGUGUUCUAAGCGUUGCCCUAUGCUUCCAACUUCAAGCAUCCUGGAACGAGCUUUAUAAUGGAACUUGGUGGGCUUUAGGAUUAUACGGAUUUCUAUUGUUCUGCUUGGUUGCUUGUAUCGUGGUCAUCUCAGCGCAUCAUCAAAACACACGCGGGCUUCAGUUUAAGGUACCACUCGUGCCGUAUAUUCCAGCUUUCAGUAUAUUCUGCAACAUUGAACUGAUGGUCCAUCUGAGUUUCCUCACUUGGCUCAGAUUCUUCAUUUGGCUCUCGAUUGGAAUGCUGGUUUAUUUCCUAUACGGUAUCCACAACAGCAAGGAAGGUGAGCUAGGGACCUCUUAUUCCAUGUUGAUGUCAACUCAGGAAGCGAUUCGAGGCUGGGGUGCUAUGCAUUCGGCUGGUUUCACCGGUGGAACUCGGGUAACGGUUACGAAGAUUGUGAAAGGACGUGUCAGUCGCAAAAGCGUCGACAAACAAGCUAUCAUCGAUGACGAUGACGACGAUUCGUAAUUUGGCACUCAUCAACGGAGUUCAUAAGCAAUGUAUGGAUGCACAGUGGUACCCAUUACGUUUACGGUUUUGUUCGAAUGUUCCAUUACUUGAAAGAGAUACGCAUAUUAGGCACCAAAUAUUGUUUGUCAUUAGAUGUUCGAUUAUAUAUUUCAGCCUACGACGGCGGUGAAGCGCAUCAUUGGCCAGCUUAUUCGAACUCCAACUUCUAAGCGUGGACGCGUUUCUUUUUUUUAAACACUAGAUUACAUUGCUUUGAAAGUGACCUGAUCCGAUACAAGGUGCUGACCAACUUCAUCGAUCGCUUUCCAGUAUUUAUUUAUUUAUUCACACCGUCUUAGACAAGUCGCAUAGACUGUAAUUUUGUUAUAACUAUGGUAAACUUCUUCUUCUUAUUAUUAUUAUAUAUGCGUUUUUCGUCAGGUUGAAAUCGUACUCGUGACAAAUAAAACUUAGCUGGCGAAGGCAAGAAUCGAACGGGUUGUUAUAACCGUGGUUCGUUCUAUGGUUUGGCACUGCUAAUAGUGGGGAAUUCUGAAAUCGUCUAGGAGGAAUGUAGAACGGGAUCUGUGCGUACAAUUCAGCACAGUCCAUAGAUCCUCUGAGAAUGUCGAAUAUAAAUAAUCGCUGCAACGUGACUCGUCUAGCUGGUAGUGGCUCCAGCCCUUUGAGCUGGCAUCUGUUCGGAUACGGAAGAAGGUUGGUUGCAUCGUUCAAAGGAAAUAGCUUAAGAGCGAAGGGCAAAUUUUUACGCAGUAUACAGCGUGCUACUAACUAGCGAACAAUAAAGUGUUUUCAGUGCAUGUAUAUUAUGGUGCCAAUGAAUGUAUGGGAAAAAACCGACCCUAAAAUUUCAAAAAGUUACCCUAUACAAAAUGUUCACCACCUCGAAAAAACACCCUAUGCCAAAUUUCAGCUCAAUCGGACUUAAGGGAGAGUGGCGCAAAGCGGUCAAAGUUUGAGUUUUUUGAAAAUCACCCAAGGGGGGAGUAGAGGAAAUCGGGGUUUUCGAAUUUUUUUUGUCAAAAAUCGGCACUCUGGGACAUGCGAAACUAAAAGUAUGGUUUAGGGUGCCAAUAAAAAUAGUUAUUUUGAUUUUUCAUUCGGAACUUGCUACGAAAUGUUGAUUUGCACGAUAACAUACCCUAUGCAAAAUAUUAGCUCAUUCGAACUUCAUUUACUGGUGUCGCAGACGUUAAAAUUUGAGUUUUUUCAAAACCGCAAAAUCUCCAGAAAUCGGGGUUUAUAAAAAAAAAUGUUGAUGCCAAAAGUUUUAAAAUUGCAUGACAUGUUGAGACUUACAGUCGAGAUAACUAUUUUCGAGAUAACUAUUUUUAUCGGCACCCAAAACCAUACUUUUCGUUUCGUAUUCCGAAAAAAACUAAGUCCCAGAGUUUCGAUUUUUGACAAAAAAAUUUUUUGACAUGAGAUGACACUAGAUCUCGGCGUUUCAUGCAAUUUUAAGACAUUUGGCAUCAAAACAUUUUUUUUCGAAAACCCCGAUUUUUCGAUUUUCAAAAAACUCAAACUUUGACGGUUAUGCGCCACUCUCCCUCAAGUCCGAUUGAGCAGAUAUUUGGCAUAGGGUGUUUUUUCGAGGUGGUGAACAUUUUUAUGAGGUUAUUUUUUGAAAUUAGAGAUGACCAUUUUCAUUGGCACCCUAAUGUAUAUCUGUAGACUCCGCUGCGUGGCGUCGUAUGAAGCCUAGCACGGAGAAAGCUUUCGCAGUCAUAGCAGCCACGUGCUUACCGAAUCUAAGUUUGGAAUCGAUUGUGACUCCAAGGUAGUAGAUGUACGAUAAACGUUCCAAUACUUCCGUUUCCAUCAAGUGCUGAUGACUGGCAGGACUCUGGCAACGGCCGAAGGAAAUGACUUUGCAUUGAUUACUGUUCACACGCAUCCCAUUGUCGCUACACCAUGCGAAUCGAAGGCGAAUCGAUGGUACGAAAGAAUUUUAGGUCGUCGGCGAAUGAAUGUUUAGACAAAGAAAUCAGAAAGUACAAGUCGUUAAUAAACAUGUUGAACAACAUCGGCCCAAGAACACUGCCCUGCGGUACUCCAGAUGUGUUGUUCAUGACACGGGAUCGAGUUGAGUAUAGGCGACAUCUGCGGUUCUGUUACACAAAUACGAGGAAAUCCAAUCCGUAAAUGAAUCUGGAAAUCCCAUGUGUUCCAACUUCCCGAUGCGAAGGAUAUGCGGAACCGUGUCGAAUGCUUUCGCGAAGUCAACACAUAGUGGGUCAACUUGUCGUCUCUCUUCUACUUCGCGAGACAAGGCAGAACGUAGCACAUGAGAUUCGAUGAUUUAGAUCGAUGCCUCAUGAACCCGUGUUGGCCUUCAAACAUAAUGGGAGACUUCACGUUAUUCAAAACGUU